GGGAGUGUGUGUUGUAGCUGGACCAUCAUCGUGCUAAUACCACGCUUGUGAAUUUUGCAUGUCAGGAGCGGAGGAUCCUGUCGCCGGUCAACGGCUGUUUUCCAUUUUUGGCAUAAUAUUCCGUAUUCCUAAUUAAUCAAAGGCAUGUGGAAUUGUACAAGGAUUAGCAGCAAUUGGCUUUUAACAGCGUGCCUGCUGUUGACGAUAUGGACGAGGGUGUCCCAGUCCUCGGGCUAUUUCGAGCUGCAGCUGAUUACCGUACAGAAUGUAAACGGUGAGUUGUUGGACGGGGAAUGCUGCGAUGGCUCUAGGAACUCUCAGGAUCGUUGUAGCCGGGACGAGUGCGAUACUUACUUUACAGUCUGCCUAAAGGAGUACCAAACAGAAGUCGCAACCAAUGGCCAGUGCACGUUCGGCAAAGGAUCUACUGAAGUUCUCGGUGGAAAUAUUAUUUCUUUCAAGAAUGCUAAAAAUAAUCGAGUUAUUAACGAGUCUGGGAAGAUCACAAUACCCUUUCAGUUCGCCUGGCCGAGAUCCUACACCCUCAUUCUGGAAGCCUGGGACUGGGACAACACGACCCAAAACGCAAACGGGCCCCAGGCGGACUCGCUGGUGGAGCGGAGCAUCCACACGGGCAUGCUGAACCCGGGCGAGGCGUGGCAGACGGUGCUGCACCCGGGCCCCACGGCGCAGCUGGAGUACCGCAUCCGCGUGCGCUGCGGCGACAACUACUACGGCAGCAAGUGCAACAAGCAGUGCCGCCCGCUCGACGACUACUUCGGACACUUCCGCUGCGAUCCCUCGGGCAACCGCGUCUGUCUGGACGGAUGGAUGGGACCCGACUGCAGGACAGCUAUCUGCAAACAAGGCUGUAACCUGCUACAAGGAGGAUGCAUGGGGCAGCCAGGAGUGUGUUGGUGUAAGUACGGCUGGCAGGGGGAGUUCUGUGACGAGUGUCUGCCCUACCCUGGCUGCCAGCAUGGCACCUGUAGUCGACCCUGGCAGUGCGACUGUGAGAAGAACUGGGGAGGUCUGCUGUGUAACAAAAAUCUCAACUACUGUGGCACCCACCAUCCGUGUGUGAACGGCGGCACCUGCAUGAACACGGAGCCGGACGAGUACAGCUGUGCCUGCCCAGAGGGCUACUCCGGCAAGAACUGCGAGAUCGCGGAGCAUGCGUGUGUGUCCAACCCAUGUGCCAACGGCGGCACCUGUCACGAGGUGCCCUCGGGCUUUGAGUGUCACUGCCCAGCAGGAUGGGAGGGGCCCACCUGCGCCAAAGACAUGGACGAGUGUGCAUCCAGUCCCUGUGCCGCGGGUGGCACCUGCAUUGACCUGGAAGAUGGAUUUGAGUGCCUGUGCCCACCGCAGUGGAUGGGCAAGACCUGCCAGCUUGAUGCGAAUGAGUGUUUGGGGAAGCCUUGCGUAAACGCUAAAUCUUGCAAAAACUUAAUAGGCGGAUAUCACUGCGACUGCCAUAAAGGAUGGGCCGGACAGAACUGUGACAUCAAUCUGAAUGGGUGCAGUGGGCAGUGUCAGAACGGAGGAGUCUGUAAGGAGGUGGCACGGGGCGGUUACGUGUGCCAGUGCCCGGUUGGCUUUGUGGGCACCCACUGUGAGAUCCAGCGGAACAAGUGUGCCAGCGGGCCGUGUCAGAACGGCGGGCGCUGCCACGUGCUGCUGGACAGCUUCGUCUGCGAGUGCCCGCUCGAGUUCAGCGGCACCGUGUGUGAGCUGCCCAACCAGUUGCCGUCCAACCCCUGCGAGUCCAACCCGUGCCGGAACGAGGCGUCGUGCCACAGCCUGCUGGGAGACUUCUACUGCGCCUGCCCGGAGGACUACGAGGGCAAGACGUGCGCUGACCGCAAGGACCACUGCAGGACCACGCCAUGCCAAGUGAUUGACAGCUGCACGAUCGCCGUGGCGGCGAACAGCUCGGACGAGGGCAUCCGGUACAUCUCCUCGAACGUGUGCGGCCCCCACGGGCAGUGUCACAGUCAGCCGGGAGGAAACUUCACCUGCACCUGUGACAAGGGCUUCACUGGGACCUACUGCCACGAGAAUAUCAACGACUGUGUGGCCAGUCCCUGUUGGAAUGGAGGCACCUGUAUCGACGGGGUCAAUGCCUUCCAGUGCAUCUGCCCAGACGGAUGGGAGGGCACUCUCUGUGACAGGAACGUGAACGAGUGCGGCAGAAAGCCGUGUAAGAACGGGGGCCGCUGUGUGGACCUGCUCAACGACUUCUACUGCGACUGCAAAGACAACUGGAAGGGCAAGACCUGCCACUCACGCGAAAGUCAGUGUGACGCCAACACUUGCAGUAACGGGGGAACCUGCUACGACAACGGGGAUGCGUUUCGCUGUGCUUGCCCCCCUGGAUGGGGUGGCAGCACGUGCAACACGGCUAAGAACAGCACGUGUGCCUCCAGUCCCUGUGCCAACGGAGCCACCUGUGUGGGCGGCGUCGACUCCUUCACCUGCAUCUGCAAGGACGGCUGGGAAGGACCCACCUGUGCCCAGAAUAUCAACGACUGCAACCCCCACCCCUGUUAUAACGGCGGCAUCUGUGUGGACGGAGUCAACUGGUUCCGCUGUGAGUGUGCCCCUGGAUUCGCCGGACCGGACUGCCGCAUCAACAUCGACGAGUGCCAGUCAUCGCCCUGUGCCUACGGCUCCACCUGCGAGGACGAGAUCAACGGCUUCCGCUGCAUCUGUCCCCUGGGUCGAACUGGUGCCCGCUGUCAGGAGUUCAUUGGAAUCGGGAUACCGUGCCACUACGGCGGCCUGCAGUUUCCUCACGGGAGUCGCUGGGAGGAGGAGUGCAACAGCUGCCAGUGCAUCAACGGCAAGGUGGACUGCACCAAGGUGGUGUGUGGGCGACGGCCGUGUCUGUUGCCCGGGGUGAGGCCGGACCAGCAGCAGCAGCAGCAGCAGCAGCAUCAUCUCCAGGACAACCAGAUCGAGCAGCAGCAGCAUCAGCACCAGCAGCAGCAGCAGCAGCGGUCGGCGUGCCCGCGGGGGCGAGGAUGCCUGGAGCACAGCUUCCUGACCUGCUUCUCGCCGCCGUGCCACCAGUGGGGCGUGUGCUCGUCGCCGUCCCCUCAGGUGGACGUCCACACCAAGUGCGUGCCCAACACGGGCUACCUGGACAACAGCUGCGCCCGCAUCACGCUCAUCUUCAACCGCGAGAAGGUGCCUCCGGGUACAACAGUAGAGAACAUCUGUUCGGAGCUGAGGUACCUUCCAGCCACGCGGAACCUGGCUAAAGAUCAUGCCUUACUGGUGCUGUGUGACCUGUCGUAUACUAACCAGGAUGCCGUCGAGGUGGCAAUAUCGUUCCAGCAGGAAGAGCAGCCGGACCACAGUCGUGUCCAGGAGGCGGCCAGCGGCAUCGUGGGCGCGCUGUCCAAGCGGCACAACAGCACGGUCAUGCUCGCCAUCAUCGAGGUGAAGGUGGAGACCCAGGUCAUGCCCCAGUCAGUCGACUACCUGGUGCCCCUGCUGUGUGUGCUGUUCUGUGGCCUGUGGGUGGUGUGCAUGGUGGUGUGCGUGUGGUGGAUGCGCAAGCGGCGAAAAGAGCGCGAGAGGCGCCGGCGCCACUCCCCCGACGACAACAUCAACAACCAGUGGGAGCCCCUGCGGCCGGUCAGCGCCGGCCAGGGCUUGGGCCUGAGCCUGGGCCUGAGUGUGGGCGUGGGCGCGGGGCCCAAGGAUAGCAACCUGGACGCGCAGUACGAGCGCGCCAAGCUCAUGGGCACGCCCGAGCGGAUGUGCGACGGGCGAGAGGACGAGGAGGAGACCGAGGACGACCUGGAGCUCGGAGGAGGAGGAGGAGGGGUUGGUGAUGGAGACGGAGGGAUGAUGGAGGUGGAGCUGGAGCCUGCGGAGGACGGCUAUGGCAAGGAGGACGCCUGCGGCAAGCUGCGCAUGUACUCUAAGGGGCCAGCGCAGGGCCAGCAGGGGUCGGCCAAAGGAGAGGUGAUCUGCACCACCCGAAGCAGCGGCGUUGGCAGCGUUGGCGUCGGCGUCGGCGGCAGUAGCUGCAACGCCGCCUCGCUCAAGACGCCCCACCGGACCACCACGGCGUCAGUGGCGGGGGCUCUCCGCAGCCCCAAAGACAACCGCUGUAAAAACAUCAACAUGGGCCCCGACCUCAAACAUCAUUGUGUAUGA